UUCCAGUGCAACGACACGGCCCACGAGUUCGAGUUUUAGACUACUACGGAUACAGACAACCGGCGGCUGCGCCAGCUGUGACGUUCGUUUACAGUGCGUAUACGUCCAUUUUUACAGUAUGAAAAUAUUAGAAACUAACGAAAUAACUCGCAACUGAAAUCAUUGUGGCAUUAUUGCGCGAAAAUAACUUUUUUAUCGUAAUUCACUUGAAUAUUUUAAUAUUAUUAGCCUCUUAAAUACAUUAUCUCUGGAACACGUGAAUCCACAUACAAUAUGCUUGUCGAACUAACCGUAUUAUUUUGGAUUACCGGUUUAGUAUAUGGAUCUCCAAACCAUCCAGGAGAUGAACAAUCUUUUGGUUACGAUUCUGGAGAACUUGAUCCCCCGCAUUGGGCUACUGAAUAUAAAACUUGUUCAGGAAAAUAUCAAUCACCUAUUGACAUCGAGGAGGAUCUUGUGACGAAGGUAAAUUUACCACUUUUACGUUUUCACAAUAUCGACACACUUCCAACAACAACAUCCAUAAUGAAUAAUGGACAUACAGUGGUCUUACAAUUAAAUUACUCGGCACCAGUAAUGAUCAGUGGAGGUCCUCUAACUCCCACCUACAAAUUCACUCAGUUACACUUUCAUUGGGGUGUUAAUGACUCAUUGGGCAGUGAAGAUCUCAUCAACAACCAUAGCUAUCCGAUGGAAUUACAUAUGGUGUUUACAAAUACAGACUACGAUAGUGAUUCAAUAGCAUUGACAAAAAAUGAUGGGUUAGUAGUCUUAGCUUCGUUCUUCGAAAUCACCAAAGAAGAUAAUCCUGUAUAUUCUGAAAUUGUUAAUGCCCUGGAUAUAAUACAUAUGCCCGAUACUUCAACAUUUUUGCCGAACGGGUUCACUAUUAGAUCUGUAUUACCAGAAUCAACAGAACAUUAUUUCACUUACAAAGGCUCUUUAACUACACCACCUUGCUUAGAAGUUGUUACAUGGAUAGACUUCAAACACCCAAUCCGACUCUCUCAUAAUCAGAUCCAAGCAUUCCGUAUGCUGCGUUCAAAACAUGGACAACUUACGCACAACGCAAGACCCGUGCAAGAGUUAUCGGGACGACCUGUAUGGUACAACGUGGGUGGGUUUGCAAAUCUGAACAUUCCAAAUACAAGUAGUGGAUUAACAUUUGAUUUUUCCAUAUUCAAUAUGGUCAUGUUAUUGUGUUGUAAACUCGCUACCUUAACGCUACUCUGAGGCUGUCUGCUAGAGUUUAAACUACAAAUACUAUCAACGUUUGGUUAUUAAUUAUGAUCCAAUGAAAUGAUGAUAAUUUCACUAUAUUUAUAUAUUUAUAUAUACCUUUAAAAUAAUUUUUAAUUUGAUUGUGUAUAUACGUAAAAUGAUUGAAAAAGUGUGUAUAAUUAUUAAUAUGUGAUAGAUCUCAACCAUAUAUUAGUCUUAAACAAUAUAAUAUGCAUAUUUUAUUUUCUAUUUAACGAAAUUAUUUUUUAUAUUUUAUUAUUAUUUUCAUAAUACUUAAUACAUUAAGAGAUUAUUUCCUAAUAAUAACUUUACCAACUAUUUUUAUAUCAAUUAUUUGAGAGAUAUUUAAUUAUUAUGUGUAUUUACAUGGCGUAUGCAUCACGCGUAUAUUCCUGUAGUUCUAAUAAAAUACUAAAUUCGUUCGAACCCAAGUGAUCGUGUGUUUUAUUUAUCAUGUGACAUUAAAUUUUUUCACAGUAAAAAUAGCAAGUAUAAUUUGUUUUCUUUUAUCGAUACCAUUUAUAAUGCUAUAAACUACAGUAUUUAUAGUUUAUAAUUUUAAACUAUUAUUUAAUUUUGUAGGUUUUAAUUGUCGAUCAUUAUUCAAUGUAUAAUAGAGAUUAGAUAAUAAAGUUAUCAUUACAUCUUACAUGUUUUGUUUGUAGAAACUGUAACAUACAAUAAUAAUUUAGUAUCAAGUAACAUAUACUACUAGAAUAGGAAAAUAUUGAUUUUAUAUUUAAGAUUUUAUGUUAAUCAAUUACAUUGGUGGUAUCUAGCUGACCUAGAAAGAUGGUUUUUAUGAAUAAUUCUGUUUAAUUAAAUGCAUGUAGCAUAGUUCUGUAUUGAAAGUAUCAGGUUUAUUUAAUUUGAUCAUUAUGUAAAAUGUUGUUAUUGUAAAUUGAGUCACUUGUGGCAUUAUUGCAACAAUCUAGAUAAAAUAAAAUAUUAUAAA